AUGUUUCAUCAAGCACGGCUGAGAGGACAUGGCCACCAGAAAGACAGAGCAAAGAAGUCAGUUAUGAAUAUAAUCAGAGUAGAGAUAAAUAAUUAUUGUAGAAAAGGAGAGAGUGAGCGAGGAGGAAAGUCGUUGGUGUACAUGACUAAUAAACAUAAAGGCGGCAAGGGAAAAAAUGGAGGUCGCUUCGCUAAAACAGCACUAGACUACCUAAAAAAGUCUAGUGUUAUUGAAACAGGCCUAUCAGGAGCUGCUGGGAUGGCGUGCUCGCCCAGGUCCGCCACCGGCACCAAAGGUAAGCAAGAAGGGCUGAUAUAA